CACCGGGCGCCUGAACGACCUGUGGAGCUUCGACGCCUCGCGCGGCGAGUGGGCGUGCCUGCACGCGGGCGGCGCCUCGGACGCCCCGCUGCCCCGCGGGGGCGCGGCCCUGGUCGCCUCGCCCGACGGCGCGCGGCUCGCGCUGCUCUUCGGGUUCAGCGGGGCGCAGCAGGGCGACAUCGCCAUCUUCGAUCGACGGGCCGGCAGGUGGCAGAUCUGCGGCCAGGACCAGCAGAGCGGGGACGUGCCGUCGCCGCGGUCCGUCCUGGCGGCGUCGGCCGUCCCAGGCAGCGACGACGUGUUCGUGUUCGGCGGGGAGUGCAUCGAGUCCGACUUGGGGCACGCCGGGGCCGGGGAGUUCGUUGCCGACCUGCACGCGCUGGAGCUGGGCAGCAUGGCCUGGCGGCGCGUGGAGGCCGAGGGCCCUGCGCCCGAGCCGCGGGGCUGGGCGGGGAUGGCUGCGCCAGACCCCCAGCAGCUGGUGCUCUUCGGGGGCCUCAACGCUGCCAACCAGAGGCUGGGCGACACGUGGAAGCUCGUCCUGGAGUAG